AUGCAAGUCAGAUCAACCAACAAUAUCUCACUUGGUAGUAGGAUUCGGAUCCCCCCUAUUACAUUUACUGAUGAAGACUUUCAAGGAGUGGACCUUGUACAAGACGACCCCAUGGUGAUAAGUGUGGAUAUUCUCAACUGCACUGUCCGAAAAACACUCAUUGAUCAAGGGAAAGAGGAACUCAAAGAAUACCGGGAACCCUUAGUCAGUUUUUCUGGAGAACGGGUGGAGACUCGUGGGUGUAUCGACCUUUACACCUCAUUUGGAUCGGAGCAUGAAGGAAAGCGCAUCAAGGUUACGUAUCUGGUAGUUCACGCAAAUACCUUGUACAACAUAUUACUCGACAGGCCUUCCCUCAACAAACUUAAAGCCUCAGCAAGAGAGUGCUAUUUUGCAAGCCUACACAUCAAACCACUCCAAGAAUACGGACAAGAUGUCAACAUUGUCACUCCCAGGUAUGGGGAGGACUUAGAUAUUGAACUUGAUCUUAGGACUGACGAAGGGUGUCGGGUCGAGCCCAAUGAAAACAUGCCCGGAAUUGAUCCAACAUUUCUUUGUCAUCACCUCUCGGUUUAUAAAGCAGCAAAAUCAAUAGCACAAAAGAAAAGGAAAGUGGGAGGCGAGAGAGCGAAAACGGUAAAGGAAGAGACUGCUAAGUUACUACAGGCUGGUUUUAUCCGAGAGGUCAGAUACUCUACUUACUUGGUUGGCCAAUAUAGUCAUGGUCAAAAAGGCAAAUGGCAAAUGGCGAAUGUGUAUCGAUUACACAGAUCUAAACAAAGCAUGUCCAAAAUAUGCUUACCCUCCCAAGCAUUGACGCCCUAG